ACGUAUCAAACGAACUAAAGAGCAGUAGAUAUUCGCAAGAAUAUCAUCCUCCGUGAUCUCUUCGAAGCGCAGCAACUCGAUUGAACAAGUAAAUCCAUUAAUCAUGAGGAUAAAUUCGAUAAUACCCAAUUUCGAAGUGGACUCCACGCAAGGUCGAAUUAAUUUCUACGACUGGCAGGGAGAUUCAUGGGUGGUUCUAUUUUCUCAUCCGGCCGACUUUACUCCGGUCUGCACGACCGAGUUGGGCAGAAUAGCUGUGCACAAGCCUUAUUUCGAGAAACGAAACACGAAACUUCUGGCCCACUCCGUAGAUAAACUGCAGGAUCAUGUCGAUUGGGUUAAUGACAUCAAAUCGUACUGCCGUGAUAUCCCCGGCGACUUCCCCUACCCGAUAAUCGCCGAUCCCGAUCGAUCCUUGGCUGUGAAAUUGGACAUGAUCGACGAGGACAGCAAGGACGACCCAGAAACCGCGAUGACCGUUCGAGCCUUGUACAUCAUUAGCCCCGAUCAUCGCCUGAGGCUUUCGAUGCACUAUCCAACAUCCACGGGACGUAAUGUCGAUGAGAUUCUACGUGUGAUCGAUUCUCUUCAAUUAGUCGACAGAAUACCGGAAGUGGCUACACCUGCCAACUGGGUGCCUGGAGAGAAAGUGAUGAUUCUCCCUACUGUCAAAGACGAAGAUUUACCGAAGCUAUUCCCGAAGGGUAUCGACAAAGUAUCAAUGCCAUCUGGAAAGGUGUACGUCCGCACCACCACCAAUUAUCAGUAAAAGAUAAACCCGUCUCGUAUGACAUAACUCUAUUAUUUCUGUUACUCGCUCGCUUUGUCACAUAUACGUUUCGCUUGUUAUGUAAUACUUGGAUGACUGAUCGACGGAUUAAUGUUAAUAAUAUCGUUUGGAAUAAAGGAGCAAUGGUGAAAUAAAAAAAUAUGAGAUAUUGU